CUCUCGUUCGAUCCCUCUCACCCUCCGCCUUACCUUGGCUGUUUGACAACUCGAAGUAUCCACGUCUUUUGGAGCCGUGUUCACGCAUUACUCGUCUGUUUGUCUCAAUCCCCCAUUUCCUUAUCUGCUCUGGAAAAUUGAACCAUCCCACUUCUUCUCCCCCUUUCUUCAGAUAAAAAAUAUCAAACUUGAUUAAAACAUAAUCUCAAACUUUCAAAAUGAAACUCAUCGACCCUGCGUCUCUCGGGCUUUUGCUAUUGCCGUUCACCCAAUCUCUCCAGCUCCCUUUUGGAAUCCCCACUUCGGUCCGGGGGAUACGCUCGACUCUGGGAGCCUCCUUCAAGGUCCCUGAAUUUAUCAAGAAAUUCGCCGACCCAAUAAGCACUUCACCACUCUACUCCUUGCACCGUUCACUCAUCGAAAUCCCCUCCAUCACGGGAAACGAGAAGGGAGUCGGGGAAUGGCUCGCAGGCUACCUCAUGGGCAAGAACUUCACUGUGGAGACGCAAGCUGUGAGUGAGGACAGGGUCAACAUAUUUGCCUACCUAGGCAAGAACAGGACAACCCACACACUCGUCACUUCCCACAUCGACACUGUCCCGCCCUUUAUCCCGUACAAGGCUACUUCCAACACAAUUUACGGCCGUGGCUCGAAUGACGCAAAGGGGUCUGUUGCUUCACAGAUCACCGCGGUGGAGGAGUUAAUCGCUGAGGAGGUAAUUGCUGAAGGGGACGUUUCGUUGUUGUUUGUUGUCGGCGAGGAAACGUUGGGGGAUGGAAUGAAGACUGCGAACUCGUUGGGACCUAGGUGGAAGACUGUGAUUUUCGGGGAGCCGACAGAGAACAAACUUGCCGUGGGACAUAAGGGGAUCGUCAUGUUUGAUGUCAUUGCCAAGGGCAAAGCCUCGCACUCGGGUUACCCGCAACUGGGUGUUAACGCUAAUAGCCAUCUUGUCGAGGCGUUGUACAAGAUUGAGCACAUGAUCUUGCCGAGGAGUGACAUUCUGGGCGAGUCCACUGUCAACAUCGGGUUGAUUCAAGGUGGUGUUGCUACAAACAUUAUCUCUCCACACGCUAACGCUUCCGUACUCAUCCGUCUUGCUGGGGACUUGGACGAGACGUUGGAAGUCAUCAAGAAGACUGUUUACGGACUUCCUGUCGAGUUGAGAUUUGUUGGUGUUGCUUAUGGACCGCAGGAAACGGACCAUGACGUUGAGAACUUUGAAACGAUAGUCUGCUCCUAUGGAACUGAUGUCCCAAACCUGUAUGGUGGCCAUAAACGCUACCUAUAUGGUCCUGGCUCAAUCCUCACAGCACACAGUGACAGCGAAUACGUCCUGAAGUCUGACCUGACUGAAGCUGUCGCUGGCUACAAGAGACUUAUCCAAGAAUCCCUCUGGCCGACAAAGCGUGUGCCUGCUAUCAUCGAGAAGGUGAUCAAGGAGGAGACGGUGAUUGCCCCAGUUAGUCGGAGUGCUACUGUUGGCGAUAAGUCUCUAUAGGUCGUUGGGAUGGGUGUUGUUUAUUUGUGAUCGAGAAUCGGUGCAAAAUCGUGGCUAUUCUCUGUUCUUUUUCACCUCUUUUUUUCCCGGGUACCUCCAUCAAUCCCGGUGUACUACUCGCGGCGGUGGUUUCGUCGCUGAGAUAACAUUGGUAGAUCGGUUUCUCAUGUUCCAAAUGUGGAGUUUUUGCACUUUCUGCGGGCGUACGUUUGGCUUGGUUGCUAUUUUUCUUCUUUCCUCUUCUUUCUUACCGUGGCUUCAGGGUGUUGGGGUAUAUAGUAUUAAUAUACACAGGUUCCUUGCUAGUA